UUGUUCCUAAUGAGGGGCAUGUAAUUUUGGAAAUACCCAAAUCCCUAUCUCUUAUUAAGGGGGAACUAUAUCCAUAAUACUGUACGUGAAUAGUAAAUAUAUCUAAUGGCCAGGGUACCCAACGUUGCUCGGGUGUGUUUUGAGGAAGUAAGGUUAACAAUAAUGGAAAAUAUUUACACAAAGUAAUUAUUUUUGCUUAUAACUGACUGUUACUUAUAUUACUGCAGCGACAGUAUCAGGAGCAGCAGAUCUACAGGUGUUAUGAGAGGCUUAUCCAGAGUUAUACACACACCAUGACAAGUUACCAGAGAAGAGAAUCACUCAACAAGCAGAGCAGAUCCUGGCGACCACCUUACCUCAUUCUGGUGUUGGUAGUAAUGGUAGUGUGUGUUGUGGGUCUGCUGACACUGCGACCAAGUAUUAAGGCAGAUGAUACAUAUUCCCUGGAGGAGGACACUGAACCCAUAUUGAAGCCUCACUCUCCCACUGGCCAAGCCCACAACUACCAGUUCCGGGCCCCGCUUCCUAUGUGGGGCCAAGGAGAUCACAACGAGUUGCAGUUCGGGCCCCUGUCUGGAAUUCCAAUACUUAUGUUGGUUGCCUCAGAAGAUUUGUCAAUAAUACAAAGAUCUAUUGAAAGUGUACUGCAAGAAACAGCCGGGAGUGGGAUGCACCUUACUGUCUCUGUACUGGACCCAUCUGAGGAAGUAAUGAGUCUACUACAGGAAUAUCCACUCAAGAUCCAUGUUAUUAAUAGUCCCAGUGAGAGUUCCUUCAGGUCAAGUGGCAAUAAAAGGUUUCUGAGUAAAUUCAUCCAUGGUUUGUCAGUUGUGGAUAACUUAAAGAACAUAAUUGAUGCUUUUUCGGGUACAAAUGUAUGUGUAAAAGAUGCCAUCAGUCCAGUAAUUAACACCUUGAACACUGGGUCGAAUAUGACUGACACAGGAACCCGUCGCCCAACUGUAAAAGAAUUAGAACGUGAACGAGGUGCUAUUUUUGCCAGUCAUCCUUAUAACCCUAUGCAUCGGAAAGCUGUAAUAAACUCCAGAGAAGAAGAAUGGAAAGUCAAUGCAGAGGAAAGUGUGGGUGAAGACUUGUCAAGGCAGAAAGGAAAUACCAGUAAGCAAGAAAAAAGAUCACAUUGCCAGAAGAGUAAGAACUUAAAAGAAGCUCUUAAGUUUGUGAAGGCAUCUUUUCCAGAGCUACAGUUCCUCAUGCUGUUGGAGACAGGCUAUGCUCUCUCUCCAGAUUUUGUUAGUUAUUACAAACAGACUGUUGAGGCCAUGAAGGAAGAUCCAUCCAUCUACUGCAUCUCUGCUCACAACCCUCUCGCCUCAGCCUUCACGUCUGGAAAUGUGUCAAGAGUGUAUCGUUUUGACCACUUUGUCGGGAAAGCAACUUUAAUUCCUUCAAAAGUCGUCAGUGAAAUUUUAAAGGAUUUUGUGAUCUAUCAAGACAAAAAUUCAUUGGAACAAAAGUCAGCUUUGGAGUCUCUGGAGGUAUGGCUCUCGUGGUGGAGCAGGAGGCGGAGGCGUGGCUGUGUUGUGCCUGAUGUGCCAAGGAUAUGUCGUCUGUAUGAACCAAGUACCAGUGACACUUCUACAGAGAUGAAGGCAAUGCACGAGGAUAAACACGACCCACUGUGCUCUCAAGAAUCUCAUGUCAUUCUUGUUAACUCUUCCAGACUACUUCACUACAAGUACUGUCAAGAUAUCUUCUCUGCCAUCACAGCCGCUGAGCCACUUGGCGGGAACACUAUUGACUGCAAUGAUCCUCAGUUCUUCCCAGAGAAAAUGAAUGCCUCGAUAUAUGCUGUUUACAUAAAAAUGGAACAUUAUGCUGAUGACUUAACCUUUCAUCAUAUAAUGAAGUGUUUUGGCCUCACCCUGGCAUCACCAGUUGGGUACUUCGAGGGCAUUUUUCAGUUUACAUUUCGUCGCAGGACUAUGCUUGUCAUGAGCAUACCGUACUCCAGAUUUGCACCAUCUUUAAAGAAUCCAAAUGCUGUAAUAGUUGCAGGCGCCCCAGUGUUGUAUGACCAAAGUGAGAAAAAUUAUAUGAAGAGUAAUCAUCAAAACAUUACCUUUAACAGAAUUUUAGUGACACAACAUAUUAUAUAAAUAUUACUGUAUUUAUAAUUAUGGUACGACUUAUGACUGUAAUGUACUGGUAUCAUUGUUGCUUAAUCACAAUGACAGGGUUAAGGGCUUUGAGACACUUUAUGGCCAUCUUCCUAAACCACUACGAAAGAUGUAACUAAAGAUACACAUUACCAAUAUUAAACAAUACAAACUAAAAUAAUUUGCAUUUAUUAAAAUUUUAUAUUUUUUGUACAUUCCGAAUACACAAAAGUGAAGAAUCAAAUAUUUUAUUAAGCUUGGUGUAAAGUAGCUGGCAAGGAGAGGAUCAGUUUUGUUCUUUGUUAUCAAGAAGAGAAAAUUAAAUCAACUUAUAUCAUUAUCCAGAGUCCAGCUAUUAUUCAACAAAUCACAUUCACUUCUCACCGUCUCUAAAGACAAAACUAUACUGAACUAUGUAUACAGUAUAUGCUUUUGUUUGACACUUUCUCACAGCCAACAUAAGUAUUAAUAUGACACAUGUAUUUUUAAGCACAAGUGAAAGGUUAAAAUAUGUACAAGAAUGUCAUAAAUAAUCCUACU